AUGUCGGAAAAGGGCAGCAAGGCGAUGAAAGAGACGGAAGAAUUCGCCCGAUCAGAGUCUCCAGAGGCAGCAGCAGCUCCAUCGACACAGGAUACCGCUACUACUCGUAGUAGUGGUACUAGUCCUACCCCAUCCACGAAUGCCGUCAACACAGCCAACACAACCAACACUUCCAAACAGGGUCUUCGUCGGACGUCAGAACAGUUGGUGGAAAAGAUCGAUGCCCUACACGGAAGAUUCUCGCAGUCUGUCGCCGUCCCUCCCACCGCCGCCGCCCACCCAACCGACACAACCAUUGCAGCCAACAAUCAGAAGGGACUUCAUCGGACGUCUGAUCAAUUGGUGGAAAAGAUUGAUGCCCUACACGGAAGAUUCUCGCAGUCUGCCGUCCUCUCCGCUUCGACUAUCUCUGCACCCAACAAUUCGAAGGGGCUUCGGCGAACGCCGGAACAAGUGCAGGGAAAGAUUGACGCCGUCCGUGGAAGACACUCGCAGCCUGCCGUUGUUUCUGAAGCAGCGACUAAGGGGCUCCAGCGAGGUGUCCACGGAUUGGCCAGCAAGCUGGAUGUAAUACGAGGAAGAUAUGAAACGCCACUGGACGACAGUGUCACACAGACCAGUUGCGAUCAAGGUCGACCAUCCACCACUGGACGUGGGCUAGCCAAUAACAAUCCACGGAGUCUUUCCCAAGCGACAGUGGCAACGCCAGCUAGAACCGAUACCGAAUUUGUGUCUGCGGCUCCAUCCGCCAACCAUCCUCCAGACAUGGAAAGGAGUCUUUCCCAAGAGACAGUGGCAACGCCAGCUAGAACCGAUAGCGAAUCUGUGUCCACGGCUCCAUCCCCAAACCAUCCUCCAGACAUGGAAAGUCUGGGCAAUCAUCAAUCACAAUCCAACGUCCUGUCCAUUCCCGACAACAUGAAUGAUAUCGAAGGCGAGUGUCAGAAGAACCAGGCAACCUAA